UGGCGAACCAAAGUGCGGGUAAUUCGCAUUUCGAUAACCGAGAUGAUGAGUUGAUGAGUUUAGAAAAAUUAGAUCGUGCAUCACCUGACUUAUGGCCUGAAAGAAUUCCUGGUGUCAAUGAUUUUGCCACUGUAAAAAGUCCUUCCCUGACAACAGAAGAAGCCCCACCAAAAUGGCUGGCUGAUUUAGAAAAUGAUGAUAUUGAGCUGUUACAAGAAUUUGGAAGUCUAACGAUGUCCCAGCUUAUGGAGAAAGUGAAAGGUUUACAGAAUUUAGCCUAUCAACUUGGUCUAGAUGAAGCUCGUGAAAUGACCAGAGGGAAAUUCCUGAAUAUUCUGGAGAAACCAAAACAAAGAUAAUUUUCUUUAAAAAAUUAUAAUUCUUCAUGCAUCAGUUUGAAGUCAAAACAGUAACUAUCUUAAAAAGAAUUUUAUUUCCUUAGUGAUCUCCAGUUGUGUAUAUUUAUUAAUCAUAUGUUUUGAAUGCAAUUCUCAAGUAACUGAGUUGUGAGUUGGGUUUGGAACUCAUGGCCACUUUCAUUAUUCAUCAACUGGUAAUCACUAUAGUGUAAGGGCACCCUAGAAUCAUAUUUCUUUAAAUGUACAAUCAUCCUCUUGGCUUGUGGUUUGCAUCAUAUUUUGCUCUCAGAUUUUAUUGUAAGUAUAAAUGAUAAAUCGCUGAAAAUCUUAUUAACAAUAGAUUAUUAUGGUGCUUUUGUAGAGUAUAAUAUUUGUCUUAGCAGCUAAUGUAAAUAUUUUAAUGCGUGUGCUUUAAAAUGGCAGCAGAUUUUCUGUUUGUUUUACUGUCUCUGUUGUUUUCUGUAAUAUAGAUUCACAUUAUGAUACAAGGACUGUAGGAGGUUUUCUGUAUCAGGGACAUCGAUUUGCACCAUUCUAAUAUUCAAUCAGACUUCAAUCACUCUAGAACUAAGUGUCUAUGGUAAAAACUGCUAAUAAUAUAAUAAGAACCUUUGCUAUAGUGACGUCAUGGAACGCUUACGUUUUGAGGAAUUACAAGAACCAGAUAAUUGGAAUGGUGCAAAUAGAUGAACACUAACACUAUACUCAAUGAUACAGGAAAAAAACAUCUGUAUUAGGUGAAAUUUAGGGCAAUGGUUUUUAAGAUUUAUCCAAGACUUUCAAGCAAAUUUGCGUUUGGAUCCUGUUUCACAAAAUCUUAAGCUUAAAAUUUACAUGUUCAGCACUUGUUCAUUGACGAUUGAUUUUGAUUAUGUAGAUUUUUUGUAUUGUUGAUUGUAAAAUAUUUGUGAAUUUGUUUUCUUGUAUUAUUGAUGAAUUAAUUUGUAAUAAAAUAUGUCAAUUUUU